GAAAAAACUGAAUCAACAAAACAACACCAGAGAAACAGAGAGCGAAGAAAGGAGAGAGCGACAAAUAAAUAGCAGAUGGAGAAAUGAUAUGAUUCUCAACCGAAUCAUUGAUUCGAUUCCUGAGAUAAUAAUCUGAAAAUCUUUGUUAGAGAUAGAGAGAGAAAUGGAUAAGAACGGCGAAGGCGGAGAUGGAGAAAUCCCAAUCCAAAAACCUAACCCCAAUCCUAUUCUCGGCGGAAGCGGAGGCGGAGGAGGGUCAUCGACCAAGGGAAAGUCAUGCAAGGGUUGCCUCUAUUACUCCUCCACCCAGAAAUCCAAAUCCAAAUACCCCACCUGCGUCGGCUUCUCCAAAACUCUCCAACAAGUUCCGAGCUACAUUGUGGGAGAAACUGAAUUGGAGGCGUCUAAAGCAGACCGGACGCUUGCCGAUUUUAAAUAUGCCUGCGUUGGUUAUUCGGUCUUCUUAGACAGAAAAGAUACUCCUGCUAAUCCACAUAAUAAACAAGCAGAAUUGCCGUUUUGUGUUGGUCUCGAGGUACUGUAUGACAAAAAACCUGCUGGCCAUACGCAUGCUCCGGCUCCUGCUCAUAAUACUGAAGAAAACGGUCGGCCUAUUCCUCAACCUCGAACCUACAAACCAGCACAUUCAGCAGGAGAUGAAUACCUCCGCAGGUUUAAGAGGAAUGCAGUACUAGUAGCAUCAGGUGUUGCUAGAAAUGUGAAUAGAGUGGGCAACUACGUGAAACAGAGUGUGGAUGACAUUCUAUACCCUUACCGUAGAAGGCCCAAGUAACAACUCUUCCUUUUAUUGCAGAAAUAAUUUCUAUACCCUUCAUUCCCUCGCUCUCUUUUUUUUUUAAUAACAAUAUAAUCAUCCGGCGAAGGGACGGGUUUUUUACAGCGGAAAUUUGUAAUAAUAGGGGUUGUAGGUCUGCCAUGGUUACACCUUGUUUCAACAUUUGUAAUCACAAAUACAAGACUAGCAUGGUUGGUUGAAAAA